AGUUCAAGAGAAGAUGGCGUCGACCAAGCGGGUGCUGUACGUGGGAGGUCUUGCUGAAGAGGUAGAUGAGAAAGUGCUUCAUGCAGCUUUCAUUCCAUUUGGAGAUAUCAUGGACAUUCAAAUUCCACUGGAUUAUGAAACCGAGAAACACAGAGGUUUUGCAUUCAUUGAAUUUGAAAAUGCUGAGGAUGCUGCAGCUGCCAUUGAUAACAUGAAUGAAUCUGAACUUUUUGGAAGGACAAUCCGAGUAAAUCUGGCAAAACCCAUGCGGAUUAAAGAGGGAUCCUCAAGAGCAGUGUGGUCAGAUGACGACUGGUUGAAAAAGUUUGCUGGUAAAACUCUAGAAGAGAAUGAAAAUGAAGAGCAGGGAGGAAAUGAUGGAAAUACACAAACACAGGAGGGUGAACCACCAGCCAAAAAAACAAGAACCAAUCCUCAAGUUUACAUGGAUGUUAAAAUUGGCAACAAACCUGUUGGCAGGUUACGCUUUUUAUUACGAGCUGAUAUCGUUCCAAUGACUGCAGAGAACUUCCGUUGUCUCUGUACACAUGAGAAAGGAUUUGGCUUCAAAGGCAGUAGUUUCCAUCGCAUCAUCCCACAGUUCAUGUGUCAGGGUGGUGACUUCACCAACCAUAAUGGAACCGGAGGGAAAUCCAUCUACGGCAGAAAGUUUGAUGAUGAAAACUUUAUCCUAAAACACUCAGCACCAGGUUUACUAUCGAUGGCAAACUCUGGAACAAACACAAAUGGAUCUCAGUUUUUCAUUACCCUUGACAAAACAGACUGGUUGGAUGGAAAACAUGUGGUAUUUGGGGAAGUGGUGGAGGGAAUGGAUGUAGUCAAACAGAUCGAAGCUCAAGGCUCUAAAGAUGGAAAACCAAAGCAGAAAGUGAUCAUCUCAGACUGUGGAGAAUAUGUGUGAUUCCCGUCCCUACAAAGCACGGCUUCAGGAGAUUCCAAUCUUUUUAUUAUAUUCAGUGUUAUCUGUCAAGAUUUGUAACUGAUGUGAACACUUGUAAAUACCUUGUAAACAACGUAAAGUAAAAUAUUUGUUUUCUAAAAUGAAAGUUAGCCACUUUUUCUCUUAGAUUAAUACACUUGUAAUUAAAAUUAGGUUAUAUAAGUUUGCUGUGUAAAAGCUACUAAAACAUCUAGACCAAUUUUCAUAAUAAUUCGGCAUAAUAUUUCAGAAAGGCAGUCUAGUGAAUAUACAUGGAAACACAGGCAAUGUGCAUCACAGAAGGAUGUACUUAAGAACUUUGGCUCUUGCAUUCAAAUUCAGAAUAUUCUCAAUUAAGUUUCUAGAGAUCCCAGUAACAUGGUUCUGUAAUCUAUGAUACUCCAUCAGAUUCAAAUAUUCUAAAGACAUUUCUGCUUCUAUUUGUUUUAAAGGAAUGUCACAAUUGAUUCUGAAUUCUGCAGUCUGCAAAUCAUGUGGUCAGUCGAAAUAACAUGCUCUGCAAUCUAACCCAAAAUGUAAUUUAACCGCAUUUUUGAUUUGAGGGAGUUUUAUAAGAAGUUAGGAAGAACAACUUUACAGAGAUAACAGAAAUGAUUUUAUGUCUAUUCAAAAACAAUGAAAACCAACAAGCCCAUUUGAGUAUGUUUAUUGCUUUAUU